UUGAACUCCAACUCAUCAUUAUUUUUUUUUUCAAUUUUAAAUAUAUUUUUAUUUUUUUUUCUUUGCGUCUGUAACCCUAAUUUCGGUUCGGGUUAAUUUUCCGAUGUACGGAUCGGAGAAUAACCGGGAAGAUUCGGAGCCAACGGCUUUCAGAAGAGCAGAGAAGAACUACAAGCUCUACUACGAUAAUAACAAUGCUCCAUCCAAGAAGAAAAAGAAUAAACAACCCAUACCGGUGGACUUAACGGAGGUACUUGACUUCAGAUCAAUUCUCGAAUGUCAUCACCGUAACAGUGAGCUUCCCAAUGGUGUUAUCGUUCUUCAGGAUAAGUUCAGUUCUCCAGUGUUCAAUUUGCAAAAUCGCCCUGGCUUUUAUUUUAUCCCUGGGGCAUUAAGCAUAGAGAAACAAUGUGAUUUGAUUAAGGAGAGUUUGACUGAUUUUCCGCAGCCACCUAACAGAACAAAUCACAAUGCUAUAUAUGGCCCUAUACAAGAUUUAUUUGUUGCGGCUAACGAAGGGAAAGUUUUGGUUGAAGAGAAAUCUCUAGUUACUUCGAAUGAACCCAAUACUGAUUUGAGUUGUAGGGACGGUGAGAAAUGGAAGUUUACCACGGAAAAAGAAGCAUCCUUGAGAAAAUGCAGAUCCGUUUCUGGUUCUUCUUUGCUGCGAAAGUUACGGUGGAGCACCCUAGGUCUACAGUUUGACUGGUCUAACCGAAACUAUAAUGUGUCACUCCAACAUAACAAAAUCCCUGAAGCACUCUGCGAGCUCGCCAAACAAUUGGCAAAACCUGCAAUGCCUGCUGGUGUUGAAUUCCAUCCUGAAGCUGCAAUAGUAAAUUAUUUUGCAUCAGGGGACACACUAGGUGGCCACCUUGAUGAUAUGGAAGCAGAUUGGAGUAAGCCCAUAGUUAGUUUAAGCUUGGGCUGUAAAGCUAUUUUUCUUCUGGGAGGAAAAUCUAGAGAGGAUGCUCCCCUUGCAAUGUUUCUUCGAAGUGGUGAUGUUGUACUCAUGGCUGGAGAAGCAAGAGAAUGCUUUCAUGGUGUUCCUCGGAUCUUUGCUGAUAAAGAAAAUGCUGAAAUAGACCAUCUUGAGACACAGUUGACACAUGAAGAUGAUAUUUGUUUCCUAAAAUAUAUUCAAACUUCAAGAAUCAACAUCAAUAUCAGACAAGUUUUUUGAGUAGUGUUUUCCUCUUUCAAAGUGAAAUUUUGUUAGAUAUAUCAUUUCUGUUUUCUUCUAGCACACCUCACGGUAACAUCUGCUUAUAGCUAUGUUUGUUUUGUGGCGGGGUUUGCAAUUUGUAUAAGCAAUUCAAAGUAACAACUUAUUGACAUCUUGAAGAUGAUGUCUAUCUCCUCUAAAACAUGAAUACCAAAAUAAGACUCAACAAUGUGAGAACUUUGCUUACGCAUGGCACCUUUCUCUGUAGCCAUGAGCUGAGCAAGAAAUGUGCAUACAGACAGAUGGCUAGAUUAAUACUAGCAGUAGUCAUAAUCUUUAUCCGCACACAUUGCUCAUGUAACAUGUUAUGCCGUGUCGGCAAGUAGUUCGUGAUUUUAGACAAACAGUGCUUGAAAUUCUGAUAAAUUUGUCUGUCGUAUGGGAUAGACAAAAUAAA